AUGCAAUCACAGCAGAAGACGCAAUUGAAAAAAAUACUUCGUUUUGGUACUGUCGUAGUGGUGGUAGUACUGAUAGCAAUACUUCCAUUCUACUGUAUAAGCUUGAGAAAUCAAAACAAAGCAGCUGAUACUGCAGAGCCAUUGAUUGACGCAGAAGUAGAGCCCGUGCCCAUCACUAAGACAGAAACAAAGACAGCCCCUGCUAUAUACUUCUUAAUUGAGAAGAAGUCCGACAUCACAAAAGUGUUCGAGAGAGAGAACAUCAUCCCUGUGAGAUCUCUAAGAGACGAGGAGAAGGUAGCAAAGAAGCCUUCUCUAUUCGGAAGAAUAAAGGGGUACUUCACAAGAGAGGAAGAGAAAGAAACACUCGACAUCACCCCAGAGGAGAUGGCUAUCCAGCUGGACAGCAGCAGAAACAUUCUGCAGAACUACAACGGAAACCUCAUCAGAAGAAUAAACGACAUGAGAACCGCUGAGAAGAAAGUGCUCAUCUUGGACAUAAGAAUGAAAGUGCUGGAGCUAUCCAGCAUACUCCCAUCCAAGCACACUCUGCUCGACGACUCAAACAGCCUCUUCUGGUUCACCGUGUUCUCCUCUGGUGACUCUGUCUUCGACUGGAUGGCCUACACUCUCUCCCAGGAGGAGCUGGAGAACAUCCGCAACGAAAUCAGCGAGCUAUUCGAGUCAACCGACUCUCCUUCGAACGUAAGAGCCAGCCUCUUCAGCACCCUCAAGGACUACAUCACAAGAGUCUCCCAGGAGGCGGGAUUCGGUGGAGAAAUCACCAAAGUGAGAGAGUCGCUUGUUGACAGACUCAGAAAGUACAAGGCGCCCCAGGACAUGAUCAACGACUCAGAAGAGUCCUGCCAGACAGAGAAGCUUCUUCUGGCUCUUGACGUCCUCUCGUACCUUGUCCCAAUGACUGAUGACUCGCGCAAUGAAAUAGCCUGCAGAGUCAACGCGAUCAAAGACAGACUCUACAACGCAACAGAGAUUUCAGAGAAGAGACAGAUGAACGACUACCUGAGAAUAACCAAGAAGUACAACGAAGACCUCGUCAGCCUCAUCAACAGAUACAUGCACUUUAUCGCAGACCUGGAGCAGUAUGUGAGCGUGUGCAGCAGAAGCACUGAGAACAUGAAGAACAUCGCAAGAAAGAACGAGUCAUCGUACGUAUACGACUUUGCAACAGAUGCCAACCCAACAGACAUCAUCAAAGGCGUAGGAAACAUGCUCGGCCUCUCUUCAGACAUCUUUGCGCAGUACAGACAGCUGCUGGAGAUGAACGAUGACCUAGUGACUCUUGUGACAGUAACAGAGGAGGUGGUUGAGGUGCCAGUCAUCGUAGACACCCCCAUUGCCGUGGAGGAAGUCUCCUCCUGCAGCAGCCACUCCCACUGA